AUGGGUUACAUACACAGAUUCAUACAUAGUGUAACGCGUACACAGCUAGAGACGGCUAAGUUUGGCUUUUACUUACUUUCACCAAUCUUGAUUAUGUACUAUGUUGGUUUAGAUACAGAUAAAAAGUUCAACUUGCCUGGGUUCUGGCCUGACCCAGCUACUUUGAAUCAAAUACCAAAAGAGCCUCAUGAAAUUCAAGCUGAAGUCGCGAGAAUAAGGAAAGCAAGGGCUGAAAAGAGGGCUAGAUUGGAGGCUAAAGCUAAGGAGUUGGGUAUAACCGAGGAUGACGUCGAAGAGGAAAAAUAG